UAAAUCCUCUUCACGCACGUCGAAGCAAAACCGAAACGCAUGCACACCUAACAUCUGUAUAUAUAUACAUACAUACACACACACAUAUAUAUAUAUAUAUACUCUCACAUCUCUCCCACCAUUUCGAUUCCCAUUCUCGUCUUCUUUCUUCUCCGGGACUCCUACCAUGGCCGUCGAAGCUCGUCGUCUCCCUCUCUCCUCUCCUCAACACUUGUUCAACCGAGAACUGAUGGUGAACGCCGCCGUGGAACGCACCGGCGGUUUCUGCGUCAACCAGACGACGUAUAGCGUCGCGCCGCCGCUUACGUCGGCUGCUACGCCUCUUCAUCUGUACGGAUCCGGCGAUACGGCCGCCCUCCCCACCACGGCGGACCCGUUUACUCCUCAUCUCAUAAAGUCCUUCGACGUUUCGUCUUUCGCGUACUGUGACGGCAUCGAUAAUAACAACAAUGGCAGCAGCACUAUCAACCGCGGUUUCGUCCCGUCACCGUCAAGAAAACGGUCGAGAGAUUCUAUGGCGAAUUACCCCAUUCUUCAUCAUCAGAACUCAAGAUUGUGUGCUCCUUCGUCGUUUCUGGGCCAAUACAUGUCGCAGAUUCAUCAGCAGCAGCUCGAAAUCGAUCGCUUGAUCGCCCUUCACAUGGAGAGAGUGAAGAUGGAGAUGGAGGAGAAGAGGAACAGGCAAGUGAGAGCGAUAAUGGAGGCGAUAGAAGAACGGGUGAUGAAGAGACUGAGAGCGAAAGAGGAAGAGAAGGAGAAGAUAGGGACGCUGAACAUGGCGCUCGAAGAACGGUUCAAGUCGCUCGCCGUCGAGAACCAGUUAUGGCGUGACCUCGCUCACACCAACCAAGCCACGGCUCAAGCCCUCCGCACCAACCUCGACCUCGUCCUGGCGCAGGCUAAGGACCUGCGCAUACCCACCGGCGCACCUCAAGACUUAGCCUACCCUGACGACGCUCAGUCUUGCUGUGGGGACUCGGAGUGGCGCGCGUUACCGGGGGAUGCGCAGGAUAAGGGGAGGAUGUGCAGGAGCUGCGGGGAGGAGGAAUCGUGUGUGUUGCUGUUACCGUGCAGACACCUGUGCCUAUGUGGGGCUUGUGGGGCCAAUCUGCACACGUGUCCUAUUUGUAGAUCCCCUAAGAACGCUACUGUUCAUGUCAACAUGUCAUCAUGAACUCAGACAGAAAAAAAUUAUCGGAAAAUAUAUUUUUUUUCCCUUGAGCAA